AUGAGCUCCUGGAGCACCGCCUCCAGGAAGCGGCCCCAGCCCAAGGCCCCUUGGCCUGCCGGCAAACCUGAAGGCCAGGGCGACUUUGGCAGGCCCGUCAUGCGAGGUCCCAUGAAUAGCGUCAACGGGGCCACCUCUUUGCAGUCGGCACCCGGCCAGCCGCAAAUGAUGUCGCAGCAGGGUCUCGGCGCGAGGCCCUUGGGCGAUCCCAUGCCGAACGGCCAGCCCGUGCUCUACUUGCUGUCUUUGAAUGGCACGUUUGAGCGCAAGACCAUUUCGGUUCCAUUCUAUCCCGAGAGUCUUCGCAUCGGCCGGCAGACUAACCAGAAGACGAUUCCCACUGCUACGAAUGGGUACUUUGACAGCAAAGUCUUAUCCAGGCAGCACGCCGAAAUUUGGGCCGAUCGUAUGGGCAAGAUCUACAUCCGAGAUGUCAAGUCUUCUAACGGCACAUUCGUCAAUGGUACGCGCCUUUCACAAGAGAACCGUGAAUCCGAACCGCACGAACUGCAGACCGGCGACCAUCUCGAACUCGGCAUUGAUAUUGUCAGCGAGGAUCAGAAGACCGUCGUCCACCACAAAGUAGCCGCCAAGGUCGAACAUGCGGGCUUCAUGAGCCCUUCCAGCAAUGUUAUGGACAUGAGCUUUGGAGAUUUAGACCCUGCUAACGGUGGCAUGAUGAUGCCGGCGCCCCAACCCAUGCCCUAUCGCGGCAGAGCAGGUAGCAACGCGUCGAUGGCCAGUAAUGGGCGUAUGGUGCCUGCCCAACAAAUGAACGGCAUGCCUGCGAAUGGAGGAGCCGCGCGCGGAUUCUUGUUGACCCCCAUCACCACUGAGCAUAUCGUCAAGCGGUUACACAAGCAGAACGAGAUGCGCAGCGCACGACUACAAACCCAAGACCUCACCCGGACCGGCCAGUUUAUCAGCGCCCUGCUGAGCAAAGAGGACGUGAAGGACCUUGAGAAGCCCGAUGUUCCAGAGCCUGCAAAGCAGGUACCCAACGGCAAUGGCAUGCCAUUCCGCUCCGACGGCAAGACGCGAUUUUCCGAUCCUCCCGCGCCCCCCCCUCAACAACCUCUUCCCGAGAAGCCUGACGUACCUUCAUUGAAGCGAGGCACCACCGAACGGCCAAAGACGCACUCGGCCGCGAAUAGCACCACCUCGCCAGUCGGACGCGACAACCUGCACCAGAUCAUUCAGUUGACGGAGGCGCUGAACAAUGCGAAGAAGGAUUUGGAUUCGCAGACGGCUCGCAUCCGCGACUUGGAGGAUAUGCUCCGCAAGGAACGGGAGGCAAGAGAGCUGGCUGAAGACAUGGCUAAGAUCCUCGAGGACAGUGCCUUGGCCAAGGAGGCAAACGGUGCGCCCAAGGAGUCCGACACCGAAACGCUCCUGCAAGAAGCAUUUGAGCCUCCCCGUGAAGUCUCAGAAUCCCCCGACGUUGAAAUGACGGACGUCGACUCCGUCGCCAAAGAGCCGGCGCCCGAAAGCGCGGAGGACAUUGCCGCUCGAUUCCAGAUCAAGAUCGAUACUAUGAUGUCAGAGAUGAGCGACCUGAAGCAGCAGAUGGACGCCUGGAGGCAGCGGUGCGAAAAGGCCGAGACGGAACGCGACGCCGACCGCAAGACCCUUGCCGAAAUGGUCGCCCAGAUCCGAAGAGACGAGGAGGCCCGGCAGGCUGCAGCAGAGGAAAAGGCACGCUCCCGAUCCCGCGGACGAACCAACGGCACCGCGGAAGCCGGCAGCAAAGCUACCUCGAUCGUCCAGACCGACGGAUCCCAGGAGUCGACUCCUUCAGCCACACAGACAGAGGACCUCAGCGACAAGCCGACGUUGUCGCGUGCCAAUACCAUCACGCCGCUCUCAAUACCGCCAGGGAAGCUGGCCAAGGACCAGGCGUUGAUGGCCGGGGUUCCUUACGCCUCGAUGUUAGGCGUGGUGAUCUUAGGCAUGGGCCUGAUGGCAUAUAUCAACGGCUGGCAACCCGAGCCGACCCCCCGUCACUGA